UAGGAGUUUGUUACUUGAUUUUUAUGUAUUUGCAAAUUUUUAAAUUUUUCUUCUGGUAUUCACUCCUAGUUCCAUUCCAUUUUAGUUGUAAAUGAUACUUCGUAUGAUUUUAAUUUUCUUGAAUUGAUUUCUUUGUGGUCCGAUUUGUAAUAUAGUCUCAAGAAUGUUCCAUGUGCGCACCAGGAGCAUGUGCAUUCUGUUGUUGAGAAGACCUUUUCUAAAAGUCUGUUGGAUUUGGUUGAAUCACUCCUUGCUCAAUCCUCUGUCUUCAUUUGGUCUGCCAGGUUGUCCUCUCCAUUAUUAAAGUCUCCUAUCAUUUUGGUGGUGAUCUCUAUUCCUCCCUUUAUUUUUAUUUAUAAUUUUGUUUUUUACACAGACGAACUGUUGCUAUCUUGCCCAGGUUACUCUCAACUCCUGGGCUCAAGCCAUCCUCCUGCCUCAGCCCCCGCCAAGAUGCAGGGAUUACAAGCAGGCGUGAGCCACGACGAACUGUUGCUAUCUUGCCCAGGUUACUCUCAACUCCUGGGCUCAAGCCAUCCUCCUGCCUCAGCCCCCGCCAAGAUGCAGGGAUUACAAGCAGGCGUGAGCCACGACGAACUGUUGCUAUCUUGCCCAGGUUACUCUCAACUCCUGGGCUCAAGCCAUCCUCCUGCCUCAGCCCCCGCCAAGAUGCAGGGAUUACAAGCAGGCGUGAGCCACGACGAACUGUUGCUAUCUUGCCCAGGUUACUCUCAACUCCUGGGCUCAAGCCAUCCUCCUGCCUCAGCCCCCGCCAAGAUGCAGGGAUUACAAGCAGGCGUGAGCCACGACGAACUGUUGCUAUCUUGCCCAGGUUACUCUCAACUCCUGGGCUCAAGCCAUCCUCCUGCCUCAGCCCCCGCCAAGAUGCAGGGAUUACAAGCAGGCGUGAGCCACGACGAACUGUUGCUAUCUUGCCCAGGUUACUCUCAACUCCUGGGCUCAAGCCAUCCUCCUGCCUCAGCCCCCGCCAAGAUGCAGGGAUUACAAGCAGGCGUGAGCCACGACGAACUGUUGCUAUCUUGCCCAGGUUACUCUCAACUCCUGGGCUCAAGCCAUCCUCCUGCCUCAGCCCCCGCCAAGAUGCAGGGAUUACAAGCAGGCGUGAGCCACGACGAACUGUUGCUAUCUUGCCCAGGUUACUCUCAACUCCUGGGCUCAAGCCAUCCUCCUGCCUCAGCCCCCGCCAAGAUGCAGGGAUUACAAGCAGGCGUGAGCCACGACGAACUGUUGCUAUCUUGCCCAGGUUACUCUCAACUCCUGGGCUCAAGCCAUCCUCCUGCCUCAGCCCCCGCCAAGAUGCAGGGAUUACAAGCAGGCGUGAGCCACGACGAACUGUUGCUAUCUUGCCCAGGUUACUCUCAACUCCUGGGCUCAAGCCAUCCUCCUGCCUCAGCCCCCGCCAAGAUGCAGGGAUUACAAGCAGGCGUGAGCCACGACGAACUGUUGCUAUCUUGCCCAGGUUACUCUCAACUCCUGGGCUCAAGCCAUCCUCCUGCCUCAGCCCCCGCCAAGAUGCAGGGAUUACAAGCAGGCGUGAGCCACGGUACUCAGCCUAUUUCUCCUUUUAAUUCUGUCAUUAUUUGUGUUAUGUGUUUGGAAUAGUUGCUGAUACAUGUGCAUAUUUUAAUUAUGAUAUCUUCUUGGAGAUUUAUUUUUAUGAUAUAAUGUCCUUGUUUGUCUUUAUGACAGUUUUUUGCUUAAAUUCUAAUCAUCUAAUGUAAAUGUGACCCACUUUGUUCUAUUUUGGUUGCUAUUUAGGAUGAUUUGGUUACCAUAUAGAAUAUAAUUUUCCGUCUCUGCACUUUCAGUCCAUGUUUAUCCUUAAACAAACAGAAUUUAUUUGAUUUUAUAUUUUUAUUUUUUCAGGGACCUUGUGUCUGUUAUUGGAGAAUUUAACAUUGUUACAUAUAAGGUUAUUAUUUGCAGUUAAGGAGUUACUACUGCCGUUUUGUUAAUUGUAUUGUGUUUCUUUUGUAUUUCUUUUAUUUAUUUUAUUUCUUGCUAUCUUCCUUUUUGUCUAAUUAGUUUUUUUACUAAUAUGUUUUUAUUUCUUUUUCUUUUGUAUACAUUCUACGUGUAUUAUCUUUGUGAUUACUAUCCAGAUUACAUGAAACGUCUCAAUGUUAUAACAAUCUAGUUUAAUCUGAUGUUAUCUCCAGUAGCAUAUAAAAACUCGAGUCUUUUACUUGACUGUCUUUCCCAACACACAAGUUGUUCUUGAUGUUACAAAUUAGGCCUCUUUAUAUAAUGUAUUCUUUAACAUAUAUGUAAAAUAUUUUUGUAUAUUUUGUGUCAAAUUCUAUAAGGGAAUUAAAAUUACUUACCAACAUCACAAUAAUACAGGAUGCUAUAUUUCUCUAUAAAUUUGCUUUACAACAGAGCUUUAUAGUAUUGUAUGGCUUUUUUGGUACUCUCAUUUUUUAAUCUCAGAGGACUUUCUAGCAUUUCUUGAAGAACAAACUUAGUGGUCAUAAACUCCUUCAUAGUGGUCAUAAUAAAGGGUAUUCAAUUAGGGAAAGAAGAAGUAAAAUUGUCCCUGUUUGCAGAUGACAUGAUUGUAUAUCUAGAAAACCCCAUGGUCUCAGCCCAAAAUCUCCUUAAGCUGAUAAGCAACUUCAGCAAAGUCUCAGGAUACAAAAUCAAUGUACAAAAAUCACAAGCAUUCUUAUACACCAAUAACAGUCAAACAGAGAGCCAAAUCAUGAGUGAAUUCCCAUUCACAAUUGCUUCAGAGAGAAUAAAAUACUUAGGAAUCCAACUUACAAGGUGUGUGAAGGACCUCUUCAAGGAUAACUACAAACCACUGCUCAAUGAAAUAAAAGAGGACACAAACAAAUGGAAGAAUAUUCCAUGCUCAUCGAUAGGAAGAAUCAAUAUCGUGAAAAUGGCCAUACUGCCCAAGGUAAUUGAUAGAUUCAAUGCCAUCCCCAUCAAGCUACCAAUGACUUUCUUCACAGAAAUGGGAAAAAAUACUUUAAAGUUCAUAUGGAACCAAAAAAGGGCCCACAUCGCCAAGUCAAUCCUAAGCAAAAAGAACAAAGCUGGAGGCAUCACGUUACCUGACUUCAAACUAUACUCCAAGGCUACAGUAACCAAAACAGCAUGUUACUGGUACCAAAACAGAGAUACAGACCAAUGGAACAGAACAGAGCCCUCAGAAAUAAUGCUGCUUAUCUACAACUAUCUGAUCUUUGACAUACCUGACAAAAACAAGCAAUGGGGAAAGUAUUCCCUAUUUAAUAAAAGAUGUUGGGAAAACUGGCUAGCCACAUGUAGAAAGCUGAAACUGGGUACCUUCCUUACAUCUUAUAAAAAAAUUAAUUCAAGAUGGAUUAAAGACUUAAAUAUUAGAUCUAAAACCAUAAAAACCACAGUAGAAAACCUAGGCAAUACCAUUCAGGACAUAGGCAUCGGCAAGGACUUUAUGUGUAAAACACCAAAAGCAAUGGCAACAAAAGCCAAAAUUGACAAGUAGGUUCUAAUUAAACUAAAGAGCUUCUGCACAGCAAAAGAAACUACCAUCAGAGUGAACAGGCAACCUACAGAAUGGGGGAAAAAUUUUCCAAUCUACUCAUCUGACAAAGGGCUAAUAUCCAGAAUCUACAAUGAACUCAAACAAAUUUACAAGAAAACCCAAACAACCCCAUCAAAAAGUGGGCGAAGGAUGUGAACAGACACUUCUCAAAAGAAGACAUUUAUGCAGCCAAAAGACACAUGAAAAAAUGCUCAUCAACACUGGCCAUCAGAGACAUGCAAAUCAAAACCACAAUGAGAUACCAUCUCACACCUGUUAGAAUGGUGAUCAUUAAAAAGUCAGGAAACAACAGGUGCUGGAGAGGAUGUGGAGAAAUAGGAACACUUUUACACUGUUGGUGGGACUGUAAACUAGUUCAACCAUUGUAGAAGUCAGUGUGGCGAUUCCUCAGGGAUCUAGAACUAGAAAUACCGUUUGACCCAGCCAUCCCAUUACUGGGUAUAUACCCAAAGGACUACAAAACAUGCUGCUAUAAGGUCACAUGCACACAUAUGUUUAUUGCAGCACUAUUCACAAUAGCAAAGACUUGGAACCAACGCAAAUGUCCAACAAUGAUAGACUGGAUUAAGAAAAUGUGGCACAUAUACACCAUGGAAUACUAUGCAACCAUAAAAAGUGAUGAGUUCAUGUCCUUUGCAGGGAUUUGGAGGAAGCUGGAAACCAUCAUUCUCAGCAAACUAUCACAAAGACAAAAAACCAAACACCACAUGUUCUCACUCAUAGGUGGGAAUUGAGCAAUGAGAACACAUGGACACAGGAAGGGGAGCAUCACACACCAGGGCCUGUUGUGGGGUGGAGGGAUGGGGGAGGGACAGCAUUAGGAGAUAUUAAUGCUAAAUGAUGAGUUAAUGGGUGCAGCACAACAACAUGGCACGUGUAUACAUAUGUAACCAACCUGCGCGUUGUGCACAUGUACCCUAUAAAGUAUAAUAAAAAAAAGAAACAAGGAAAACAACUAAUAAAAACUCUAUACUGCCAUUAUUUUCAACUUUUUGUUGUUUCUCUUCAUUCCCUAUUUUACAGUCUAUGUCUUGGAAAUAUGUUGUAGUUUUUAUUGGUUUAUUGUUUACUCUUUCUAUUUGAGAUUUUUGCACCCCAUAAUUACCAUAUUAUAAUAUUCAGUGUUUUUACAUGUGCUAUUGCUAGUGAGUUCUGUACCUUCAGAUGAUUUCUUAUUGCUCAAUAACUUUUUUCUUUU